GUGCUUUUUCCCCUUCAAGUGCUUUUAAGGUCAUCCAUCCACAGAUCAAGGCCUUUUAUUUUGCAGCUGAGAAUACGCAGGAAAUGAAUGUGUGGUUAAACAAGCUUGGAUUAGCUGUAAUCCAUCAUGAAUCUACUACAAAGGACGAAGAAUGCUACAGUGAGAGUGAACAGGAAGACCCUGAAAUAGCUGCGGAGACAGCACCCCCUCCUUCCUUUGCCGAGACUCUGUCUCCUUUGGCGGCACGGCAGGCAACUUCAUCUUCACCCGAAUUGAGCGAAAGAGCGGCGUGCUCUUUCUCUUCCCUGGAAAACACAGUGAAGACGGCCAGCAGCUUGUCCUCCUUAUCUAAAGAAAGACGGUCGUGGACUGACACAGUUAACAGUUCGUCUGCUGCUGAAGCUGUGGGACAGUCUGUAGCCUUCACGGUUCAGCUUCACGCACCUGCACCCUCAGAGGCAACCAGUCGUAAGGCCCAGGAACACAGCUUGGCCACAUCAGAGAGUGGAUUUUUGAACUCUUUAUGUAGUGAUGACACAUCUUCAUUGAGUAGCAACCUAGACCGUCUUACUGUUCCAGACAAGCCUACUGGAUCAAAACUGAUGGACAGAGAAGAAGCAAAAGUGUCUGAAGAUGAUGAAAUGGAAAAGCUCUACAAAUCAUUAGAGCAAGCUAGUCUAUCUCCUCUUGGGGACCGACGACCUUCGACCAAAAAGGAGUUGAGAAAGUCCUUCGUGAGGCGAUGUAAAAAUCCAUCCAUAAAUGAGAAACUCCACAAAAUCCGAACCUUGAAUAGCACAUUAAAGUGUAAAGAACACGACCUGGCCAUGAUUAACCAGUUGCUGGAUGAUCCGAAGCUGACAGCCAGAAAAUACAGGGAGUGGAAGGUCAUGAACACCCUGCUGAUUCAGGACAUCUAUCAGCAGCAGCAGGACCCCAGGUCCGCCUCUGAAGGCACCCCCCAGGGACUUGAAGCACCACAUUCCUCUGCCUCUGUUGAAAGUUCCAUUUGAGAACAAGCCAGGAUUCUCUCCCCUUCUCACCCCAAGCAACUCUUCAAGACGUUGCAAGAGCUUACAUUUUUCCUUAAACGGAAAACUGAGACCAGUUCCUCAAGCAUCAGCUCCCUCUGUAAAGAUGCAGCUCAGGUGAGGACCAGCACCGUGGCAGCAGGACUCCUCCUAGAUGUAGCGCUUCCAUCAAGACUGGAGCGGUUGCAUCCAGUUGAACCUUUCUCGUGUUCCUGCUGGGAGCUCACGGCUAUGCCAGGCUCUAGGUGGGAUGUGAGGACCCUAUCUUCUGUUCCUUGCUCUCAAGAGAAUUACGACAUUCUGUGGACAAAAGGUCACUUUUUACUGGGGAUAAUUAUUCAUAGAAAUAUUCAGUUUUCCAAAAGAAGAAUGUAUAUGUUCUUCCUGGUUGGGUAGCUGAGUUCUCCAAAUCAUUUUUUUCUGAGUGGGGGAAUGUCUUCUACAGCAGCCACUGGAACAGGACAAAUGAUUUUGUGGCACUGAAAUCCCCUGCUCAUGGUCCAGAAUGGCGGUGCCUUUUCCAUGAGUUGAGAAGUACUUCACAAUGACUGGCGCGUGGGAGAGCUGAAGGAGGAGACACGUUCUAUAUUCCACUCGCUUAAAGAACAGCGUGACCUUUUCAUACUUUACCCAGGCGGGGGUGGGAUCUGAUUAGUGUUUCCUUUCCACAGAACAGCUAAAAGAAAACGAUCUCAUUACACUUGGAGGCCACUACUCCCUCCUAGCUUUUCUGAACCACUGUAGAAGAUAGUAAUAAGUCCAGCAAAGAAUGUUUGCUGCUUUUGUUCUUGGAUGUGGUGAAUAUGUACAGUAUAAAUUUAUAUCGAGGUGUCCCAGGAUAAAUAUUGACAAGAUGAUUCUGUUAUCUGAAUUGUUUUAAUAUCUCUAUUUCAAAAUAACAUCCAACAAAAACAAAACAGUUAAAACAUGAUUGCUUUAUUUUUGUAUGUUUAUGUGUCAUUUUGGCUCCUAUGUGAAUAGCUAUCUAUAAUAUGUUUGUUAUUUAAGUAUAUUUAUAGAAGGUCAAAUUGCUAGUGUUUUAAAAGAUGAUAUAGUAUUAUAUGUUUUGCUCAGUAUAUAUUCUCAAAGGAUAUACAUUUUGCUUGAGAAAAAUAGAAGUACUAUCAAUUAUUGAUUCAUUGGCAUUGUCAUGUUGCACUCUGAUGUAUGAGGAAUGCUCAGGAAAUCUUGUGAGGGAUAAACGUGAGGGCAUGCAAUAAUAAUCUUUUCAUUUUCUGGUCUCUCCCUCCAUCUCUCACUUUCGCUGUCUCUCUCUCUCCCCCUAGAAGGCUUAGAUUUCUCUGUUUUAAGCCACUCUCAACCAGAAGAGGACUUGCAUCUUACUCUAUCCCUUCUAGUAAAUAAACUUUAAGCUUUAUGCCAUUUAUGCCCACAAAUCCUAAAACAAAUGAAACACAACUAAUGGGGUCUUUUGUCUAAAGACUAAUAGAAAUUGUGGGGUCUGUUGUUAAAGAGAACUAAUUUUCUUCGAGUAGCAAUAUGAAAGUCUUCACUUAGUAAUCAUCAUGAAUAUUUCUUACCAUAAGAAUAGCCACAACCCACCAAAAACCCAUUUUGGCCCUACACCUAGCAAAUUGUCAACAAAACAGUUUUCUUUAUAGAGUUGAAGUGUGGCUUGACACUCAAAUGGAAAUAACCCCCUGAAUUUUAUCUGCAAACUAAAUGGAAAUAGUUGUUGACUAUUUCCUCAAGCUUUACUAAGAAGCCUUAAAUGCUUUGCAAACAAAAAACAACCUUAACAUUAGGAAAGAAAACAAACCCAAACACACAGGAAGCAAACCGUAGUACCUAGAAGCUUCUGUGAGAUAAGAGGCCAGGUCAGCCAGCUUGGCCCAGCAAACACUUAGAAGCACCUACACCACGUGGAAUGUACUGGGUGAGGCCACGAGCAUGCAGAAGAGGGCGCCUGACCUGUGGGGAGUUUACUGUUGGCACCAGAGAGAAGUAGCCAUUCCGGUCCUCAGGUUGGACCCUGAAGCUUCUGGCAUAAGGGGCCAAUGCUUUCAUCUUUGUACUCUAGACAUGGUCAUUGAUUCUUUCCGUACUGAGCAGCUAUUAGAAGGUUGAUAUGUAGGAUUCCAUGUAAACAAAGUGUUGAGGGACGGGGAAGGAAUAAUGGAGGAGGCAACAAAUAAUAGAUAUAGCCUCGUGUUCUACUUUUCCCCUCUGGUUUGUAACACCCACCUAUAAAUUUCAAAACAGUUUUUCCUAACCUGGAGUGUUCCAGAAGCUUUUGACGAGGACUUGGGAAUACAUGUCAGUGCUUUAUUCUGGCUUUUCAUUAACACAUAUUUAACUGACUUUUUAGUGCAAAUUCCUUUAGAACCACGUGGAAGGCAAAGUAGGUCCACGAGAGUACUUCAUCAAGCCUUUCAGUUACUUUUCAAAGUCAAGUUAAGUCGAGCAGUGUUUGCUUUGUCAGUUAAAGUGGUUACUUUGCAGAAUCUCCCCGAAAGAACGUUAACCUGAACUGCACAAUUUUGCGCCCAGCUCUUCUAGGCCAGAAUCACCUGUUCAUUAGUGCUUUCCCUUCUGUAAAUGCGUUCACUCUGUUUUAUGUUGUGUUAGGAAGGAGGGGCUGCCUCUGUUGAGUUCCCAGCUUCAGCCUCUUAGUGCCAGUUUAUUGCUGGGGACUGGGUCAUCUCUGAAAGGGAUUUGGGUAGUUUCAUCAGGUCUAAGAGAAGACGCCUCUAUUCUUGUAGAUAUAGGGCCUGAGGACUGUGGAAAGACCCAGAACAAUGGCCACUUAGAAGGGAAUUAGAGAAUCUCUGAGCAUAACUAAGUCCACACCUGUGGCACCUGUGGAUUAAGAUCUUCCUCAGAAUCCACUUUGGGGUUGCGCGGAGGACCCCUUCUCGCUAGUGUUAGUCUAUAGACCCAAACUGGUGCCUGAUGUGUAGCCUCACUGGUUAGUACAUGGCAGCACAUGCUGACUCGGAUGGUCCCACAUUUGAAGGGGAUCUUUUGCUUUUAAUAAUCCCCAGUUCUGCUGCAAUCUCAGCAUAGCGUCAAAAGCCUAGAAAGAAUCAUAAAGAGAGAAUGUUUGGGGUCGGAUUUCAAUGUGAAGCCAAUGACUUAUAUUUAAGUAGCACUUUGUAGCUUGCAAAUCAGUUGCCUCAGGCUCCCUCCUCUGCCUCCCCAGUGGUCUUUGUGGGAUGACUGUGGAUUAUCACUACUCCUUUUGAUGGAGGGAGUUUUGCAAGCUCUGAAAAGUGAUGUUCCUGGGGAGGGCCCCAGGUACAGCCAGGACUUGAAUUUGUACCUCCCUUGUACUUUACCUUGAGAAGCCGCUGUUGGGACCC